CUCUACAUGUCGCUCUUGUCAGUUUAUGACACAGUGAAAGAAGAAGAAAAAGCACGUUUCAUAACAAAACGUCACUUCCGCUGACCGCUGGCUCAGGUGAUUGACUUGUGGAUUUUGCAUCCAUGUUGCGCCUUAUUGGCACUGCCCUGUGCCUUCGCUGCCAGCGCGUCCCUUCUCUACCUCUAAUCCUCCGACCAUGCGUGACACUGAACUCAGGAGAGAAUCAGCAGACAGUGGAGGCUCUCUACAAUCUCGCAGUGGACAUCCAAAAGGUGCGAAAAUUCAAUGGAUGGGUCCUGCAGCGAAGUCCAGCUUACACCCAAGAUGUUGUGAACCUCCUGGUGGAUUUGGGGGCUUCAGGACCCAUCAUUGCCCAGAUUUUGACAACUCACCCCGAAGCCGUUCUUUGCGACCCUCAACAAAUGCAGGAUCAGAAGGACCUCUGGGUGUCUGUGUGCCCCAACAAGAAAGAACUGGUGGGUAUUAUUGAGAAGUUCCCUGCGUCCUUCUUCACCUCCUCAAGUUACCACCUCAACCAGAGAAACAACAUCGGAUACUUCCAAAGCUUGAACCUGAACAGGCGAAUCAUCAGUAAGCUCAUGGCAAGCGCACCGCAGAGCUUCAGUCGUCCUGUGGAGCAGAACCAGGUCAUGGUCUGCACCCUCCAGCAGGUCUACUUGGAACUUGGAGGUGAGGAGGCCAACAUGAAGAUCUGGCUCCAGAAGCUGCUGAGCCAGAACCCGUUUGUUCUUCUGAAACCUCCAGAGGCGCUAAGGCAGAACAUGCUCUUCCUAAGAGACAAGGGUUUUAGGACCGCAGAGCUCCUCCAUCUCCUCUCUAAACUCCGGGGCUUUGUCACUGAGCUGAACCCAGACAGCAUGAGUUGCACCUUAGAAUACUCCCGAAACACAAUGGGCUGUUCAGAGACGGAGCUGCGAGAAAUUAUCCUGGCCUGCCCCGCUCUUCUCUACUAUCCAGAAAGUGUUCUGUCUGAGCGCUUUGGUGGACUUCUCUGCGCUGGGAUCAGCAUGUCUCAAAUCAAAGAGACGCCGACGGUUCUGGAGCUGACUUCACAAAUAGUCAACUAUCGCAUCCAGAGGCUGAAGGCACACGGUUACGAUGUACGGACUGGAAGUCUUCAAGCUCUCAAUGGUACCAAAAAGGACUUUGAGAUGAGCAUUGGAAGACUGCAGCUCCGCAGAGAGAGACCUCUUUUUAACCCUGUUGCUCCUUUGAAAGUUGAUGACUGAUAAAUAUGUUGUCACAUAUCAUGAUCUGACAGUGAUGUUGUGUUUAUGUUCGGCCUUUAUUUAAAACCAGGUGCUGAUAUCUUCAUGCUGUGAAAAAUGUAUUCCUGUGGUAUUUCAUCACUGUAUUUGUCACCAAGAACUGGUCUUUGGAUAAAAAAAAAAUGUAAUUUAUACAUUAAAAAAACAAGGUGCUUUUAAAUUAUUCUAUUAAAAUAUUGCAGAUUUCAUCCUGAAUAAGUUGCCUUUUAUUUCAGUCGGUUUUGAACUGUGAUAAGAAUACAAGCCACUCUUCUCCUACCCGCCAUAAUUCACUUUGUGGGUGAAUUUGAAAGUUGAUCUGAAGGACCAGAGAACAUUUUGUUUAUUUUCAGUAAAAAUGAAAAAAAAAAAAAACAACUUAAAGCUGUUAGACUGAGAUGUGGUGCCAGUGUUAUAAAACGUUGGUUUCGGUUUGAGACAGGAAGGAAAGCUGAGGAAUGAAGAUAAAACAUCAUGUUCCAUCUGAUCCUGAAACAAAGCUGAAAUUCGGGAAGUAGGGACCUGAAGGAAUGUACUUUUUGCCGUACUACAAUAAAGUGUAAUUGCACGUCCACUCAUGAUUUUUUAAAAUUUUAUUUCAGGCAAAUUAAUGCACUUUAAGUCUUUUCUGCUACAGACCAAAACAAUGUUAAUAAUAGUAGUAUAUAGUAAUAGUUAUUCUUUAUUGUAAAUUGACUCGCAACAGAAACGAAUUGAGAAGCACUGGUGUCCUGGGACCAACAGGAAGAUCCUGCCUGUAUUCUCAAGUGUCUUGAUCUUCGGGAGACGUAGAUAUCUAGGUAGAACUUGUCUUCCGAGUCAUGUGAACUUUUUAGUGCUCAACAUUUGAGUGAUUGAUGGGGCAUGGUACUGGUACUCAGCUUGUCUCUGUUGUACUUCUUUCUUAUUUGACUGUAACGUGGCAACGGUCUCAAAUGUCGACAGUAGGGGGCGCACUGGCAUAAGAAUGAUGGUCGCCAACACACGCACUAUGAACAAAGACUGUAAUGCACAAAGAUACACAAAUCAUACCGUCGAAUUAUUUAAACUGCUAGGUGAACAACUUACAUGAAACUAACAGAAUGGUGCUGCAAAAUCUUUGGAGAUCAGUGUUGCACUUACAUUCCGAAUGACACUGCACCUGAUGGAACAUUUGCCUUUGUAAUGAAUAAACUUAGAGAUUUAAAAAAGGAAAUGAAACAUGGAACAAAAGGUUUAGUUUGAGAUUGGUUAGACAGACUGAUAGGAAGGUGGAGAGCAGUUUGUUUGCUAAAGAGGGAGCUUCUGCUACAGUCAUACUAGUUGUCAUUUUUAUUCUGGCAUGAUGCAUCGUACCCAUGAUGCUGAACAACUGGCUCUGGUGGUGACUGAGACACCAGACCUGCACCUGACGCCUGGUGACAUGGAGGACUUUGAUACUCCACACACGCUUGAGGAGAAAGGUGUC